GCCCGGAGAGGCCCCGGGGCUGUCGCGGGUCCCUGGCGCCGGACCCAUGCGGGAGCGCGGAGCCGCGGGAGGCCGCUGAGCCGUCGGUCAGGCCCCGCGAUGCCCUGGCACGGGCCGCUGGCGCUCAGCCUGCUCUGCCUGGCCUGCUGCCUGCUGCUGCCGGGCCGGGGCUGCGGGCCGGGCCGGGGCCCGCCGGGGCGCCGGCGACAGGCCCGGCGGCACCUGGUCCCGCUGCGCUACAAGCAGUUCGUGCCCAACGUGCCCGAGCAGACGCUGGCGGCCAGCGGGCGGGCCGAGGGCCGGCUGGGGCGCCGCGCCGAGCGGUUCCGGGACCUGGUGCCCAACUACAACCCCGACAUCAUCUUCAAGGACGAGGAGCACACGGGGGCGGACCGGCUCAUGAGCCAGCGCUGCAAGGACCGUGUGAAUGCGCUGGCCAUUGCUGUGCUGAACAUGUGGCCCGGCGUGAAGCUGCGGGUGACGGAAGGCUGGGACGAAGACGGGCAUCACCUGCCUGACUCGCUGCACUAUGAGGGGCGGGCGCUGGACAUCACCACCUCUGACCGGGACAGGGAGAAGUACGGCCUGCUGGCGCGCCUGGCCGUGGAGGCCGGCUUCGACUGGGUCUACUAUGAGUCCAAGGCCCACAUCCACGUGUCGGUGAAAGCAGAUAACUCCCUGGCCAGCCGGGCCGGCGGCUGCUUCCCGGGCCACGCCACGGUGACGCUGCGGAGCGGCCAGCGGAAGGGGCUGUCGGAGCUGCGCCCUGGUGACUGGGUGCUGGCCGUGGACCGGAGCGGCCAGGUGGUCCCCACCGAGGUGCUGCUUUUCCUGGACCGCGACCUGCACCGGCGUGUGUCCUUCGUGGCCAUCGAGACGGAGAGCCCCGCCCACCGGCUGCUGCUCACUCCCUCCCAUCUGGUGUUCGCUGCCCAGGCCCUGGCCAACGGCACGGCCAGCUUCGUGCCUGUCUUCGCCAGGCGGGUGCGGGCGGGCGACUCGGUGCUGGCCCACCACGCUGGCAGACGCGGGCUGCAGCCAGUCCAGGUGCUGCGGGUGUCGCGGGAGGAGGGCGUGGGGGUGUUCGCCCCACUGACAUCACGUGGGACCCUCCUGGUCAACGGGGUGCUAGCCUCCUGCUACGCCGUCCUGGAGAGCCACCCCUGGGCCCACCGCGCCUUCGCCCCCCUCCGGCUCUUCCACGCCCUCCUCUCACUGCUGCCCCCCAGUGGCGAGGCCAAGAACUGCAGUGCUCCGGAGACGGGCAUGCACUGGUACUCACGGCUGCUCUACCAGCUGGCGUGGGGGGUGCUGGGCCAGGACUCCCUCCACGCCUAGCGACCGCGUUAAAGUCACUGACUCAGACAAAGUUAACGUACCAAACUGGAAGCAGGAGGCGCUGGACCGAGAGCAGCUGCCAAGCUUUAUUCCAAGUGCCUUGGGAUUCCUGGAGGCCUGGGGGUCAGGAUGGGAACCCAGGCCUUCGGGGUGGGGGGAAUGGGAAGCCGGGCCCCCAGCAGGGGAGCGAGGGGUACUCGGUCCCUUGUUACAGCAUCCCAGGCAUUCGCAGAGAUGCACGCUGACUGGAGCGGGGUCUCGCCGCCAGCCCCGUGCGGGUGGGUGCGCACUCAGCAGUGUCGCUCUGGUGCCUGUUCCUGCGCCCCGGCCGUGUGUGACUGGCACCGUAACCACGCCCCUGCAGGGCGUCUGGCCCCUGCCGCGUGGAGCCGCUGCUGCCCCUCUGUAUCUGCUUCGUGGCCCCCCUGGUGUAGGGGUGACCCUGUCCGGAGGGGGUGGGUGAGCCCCAAACCACACCCCGGUUGGGGCACCGCUCCCUGGUCCCUGUAUUUAUUGCUUCACGUAAGCACAUGACUGGGCCUGGACUCGCUGCUCGAGAUGAAAUCCCGAGGCCGGUUUGGGGUGGUGCCCACCCGGGCUGAGCAAGGGGCAGACUUGGGCCCGGAGGGUUUGCUAAGAGCAGCCCAGGAGCUGGGCUCCCGGCAGCAGGCCCAGGCUGGGUUCUCCACUGUGCUCCCCAGCUGCGAUUCCACCGAAUGCAGCAGGUCAGACCCAGGCCAUCCCUCCCUCCUGUUACUAAUGCUCCUGCCAGGCCCCAGGCCCUCACCCUGCAGCCACCCCCCUGUCCCCGCAUGACCCCCACCCCCGGCUUCUCCUUGGGCACGGCACCCACCUGCCCACCCUCCUCGUGUCUCCCCCAAGCGUUCAGCGAGGGAUUCUGCCCUGGCCCACUCAGAAUGGGCACCGCCAGCAGGCAGCUGGCACGGCCGCCCCCGUUGCACCCUCGGGAGGAGGGAGGGGCAGCGCUGGGCCCAGUUAGCGCCCUACCAAGGAGUUUGUGCAAGGCAGGGGUUGCAGAGUGGCUGCCUCGGGGUCCUCGGAAGGAGGAACAGCGGCAGGGCCCCUGAGCGCAGAUCCCACUGGGGAAGGUGGGGGGCCGUGCACACAGUCACGCUCUGCAGGAGGCUCCACCAGCACCGCAAGACCCUCUGCCCAGCAGCGGUUCUCGGCCGCGUGGGAAGCCAGGCUCUGCCGGGCUGGGCCUCCCCCGCAUUCCUCCAAAGCAGGGCCCAGAGAGAAUGAGCUCCCGGGGGUGGGGCGGGGGGGCUCCAGCCAGGCCUCUGGCCCAGCUGCCCCACAACUGGGGCAGGAAUAGGCUGGCAGGGGGCCCCUGAGCUUUGAAGUCAGAGGAGUUCCCUUGUGUGGGGGUCUCUCAUUGGCUUGAGAAGCCAGACUCUGCGUGGGCUAGUGGCUGCGGGGGGGCUGGGCAUCAGGACCCCGGCUUCUCUUGCAGGCUGCGGGAGGGGAGUCUGGGCUAGCGUUCAGACGGGGGGAGGGGGGCUGCCUGGGCGGCAGGACGCCUGGGUUCUUUCCGUGGCUCUGCGAGGGUGGCACAGCCACGCUCCUGUGUCUGAGGGUCCUGCCCCGCCAGGAUAAGCGCCCAGCUCCCUUGCCAGCCUGUUCCAGGCUGACGUGUGCUGGCCCCUGCGGGCAGCGCCAGGGUGGGGGAGGGGGCUCUCUCUCCUCGCAGUGAGGCCAGUCAG